AUGGAUACUCAUCAUUCUUCAUCUUACUCUGGGAAUGGUCAUGGAGGAGGGAGUCAUGGUGGAAUGUAUACAAUGAAUAAUAGUUACCAUCACAGCAACAUCAUCAACAACAACAACCAAUCAUCUCCAUCUGCUUCAUCGCCAUCAUCACCCUUUUCAUCAUUCACUCCUUCAUCUUCUUCUACUCCUAUCACUCUUAACAAUAGAUCAACUGUACAUGAUAUAUAUGAAACUUCUCAUGGUGAUUUUUUUAUAGUAUCAUCAUUAUCAUUUAGAAAGGAUACACAAAUCAUUAGAAUAGAGGGACGAUGUGGAAUGAUGAUAUACGAGGGAUUACCUGGACUCGAUUUGUUUCCCAAUCAUCGACUGGCAACUGCUUUUCUUCAGAAAAAAUAUACACUCAAGUCAAAGACAAAGGCAUGCGCCAUUCUUGGAUACAUCGUAGCUGAUCGUUCAGCUCAUCUAUUGGUAGCUACCAAGGUUAGAAGUGAAGGUGAACUAUUGGGAUUACAUCCAAUCAGUGUCGUUUUGGAAAGUAGUUGGAUUAAAAUUGAACUAUCCUAUCCUUCUUCAUAUCAACCUAAAAUGGAUACCAAUUCAUCUGCCACCACAUCAUCAUCAACCACAUCAAAUCUAAAUUCUUCAUCUUCAUCUGUACAACAACAACAACAACAACAACAACAACAACAACAACAACAACAAGAUUUAAAUAAUAAUAAUGAUAAUAAUGUAAAUAAUAAUAAUAAUAGUUUUAAUAUUCAUGGAAGUAAUUUUAGUACAAUUGGUAGUUUUAGUGUUGGUAGUUAUGGUAGUAGUAUUGGUAGUCUUCCAAAUACAAGUAAUUUAUCUAGUAGUGUUGGGGGUAGUACACAACUUCAUUUUAAUGGUCAAAGUCAACACUCUCAACAACAACAGUCUCAACAAACUCAACAAACUCAACAAUCACAACAAUCACAAUCUCAAGAUGAUAAUGGAUUACCAUCAGAAAGUAAUAUUACAACACAAACAUUAUUAAAUAAUUUACAAAGUUAUCCAAUUGAUGGAACACAUUUCUAUUGCGAAUCUUAUGAUUUGACAAAUUAUUUCCCAUCGAAUAGAACUACACCCUAUCAAUUCAAUUCAGAGUUUACAUGGAAUGAAUGGAUUCGUAGACCAUUUGAUCAAGUUUCACUAUCAAACCUGUGUGUAGUAUUAUUACAGGGAUACGCAUCGAUUAGAUACAUUCAAGCACUCAACACAACCACAUGUUAUAUCAUGAAACGUUCAAAACUCAAUCCAGAAACAUUAUAUCAUGGUCAUGGAAUUAAUGAUCGUGCAGGUGCAAGCAAUGAAUACGAAUGUGAAAUCAUCAUGUGGAAAUAUACUACUAGUCAAACUAUACAAUGGACUAGUAAUGUUUGGAGAAGAGGAACUAUCCCAAUUUGGUGGAGAUCAAGAUUAAAGCAAAAUGGAUCAGAUUUACAAGUUAAAGAUAAUGCAUUUGAAAAUUCAGAACAAUAUUAUUUAAAUUUAUUAAAUAGAUAUCAACAUUUCUAUGAUAAUAAUAAGAAUAGUUUACCAAAUAUUAAUUUGGUCAAUUUGUUAAAGACUGAUGAUCCACAGGAAUCACUACUCUCUCAACUAUACCAAAAAUCAUGUGAAAAGGUAAUGUCGCUGGUCAAUGUCAAUCUGAACCUCAUUUCAUUUGACUGGAGUGGUAUUUUAAAGGGAAAUAAUAAUUCAUUAUCAAAAACCGUUCAAAAUCUAUGGAGUGUUUUAAAGGAUCCUUUGGAAAAUGCAGGAUUUUCACGUGGAACAGCUAGAGUUGUCAUUAGAGAGGAUCUAUCAAAUUCAAUGGGAUCUAGUAAUAGUGAAUCAGACAAUCAUAGUGGAAUUGGUAGUGCCGUACAACAUCAACAACAACAAAAUCAAACAGCAAUAUUUUAUGAUCGUCGUAUCAUUCAUGAACAAUAUCAUAGACAAAAGGAGAUUCUAAAGUUUAGUUGCCUAGAAUCAUUGGAAAGAGUCAAUAUUGUGAGUUACUUUUCACUAUUUCAAAUCAUGGUUCAAAUGGGAAAAUCAUUGGGUAUUGGAUUUAGUGAUAUCUAUGGUCUAAAUAAUGUCACGUUGGAUUUUAUGAAUGGAGCACUCAAAAAACUUGGUUUAUUUGUUCCAUUGACAGAAUUCUUUGUUUCAAGCUCUGAUAUUUGUAAUAUUCUUUAUUUAAAUAAUCUUUCUCAACAAGCUCCAACCAUGAGAGAAUAUACUUAUGCUUCAAAUAGUCAUCUUUUAUCAAAUCAUAGAAAAUAUCAAAAUGCACAUACAGAGGAAAGUAGAAAUCUUCAAUAUUUGAUAUUUUUAGGAUUUUUUGGUAGUUUUAAAUUCCCAUUUAAUAAUCAAUACUUGACACCAAUACAACAACAACAACUAGUUAUUGAUAGACCAGUACAAUGGAUAUCGACUUCACCAUCAACUUGUAUAAAAUCAUUACCAACACUCUUGGAAAAGAGUAAUUUGAAUUCAUCUAUUUUGGUUCGAGAGAUUGACGACUUUUGUUGGAUCUUUCCAGCACAACAGAAUGAAUCCACUCCAACUUAUGAAGUUGUACUAUAUCUAUCGCAGCCAUCGGUAGUCUCGGAACUCUGUCUCACAGUUGCCCAUGGAACCAAUUCAGACAGUUACCCAUCGUCUAUGGAUGUAUACCUUGGAAAUUAUAUGGACGACCUGCAUGCAGUCGUCCAAGAGAUGACUAUCCCAAGAUGUACUACUGGUACCAAACUCACAUACCAACUCCCAAGACAUCCUCUUGAACAAUAUGGAUGCAUUACUGGCAAUGGUGUGAAAAGUGGUGCUCAACAAAGUCUUUUGUCAGAGGAUAGAAUCAUGAACAGAAUUGUAAAGAUUGUAUUUAGAGGUACAACAACCCCUCUGACCAUUGGUAAAAUAGAGAUAUUUGGUCAUCCAACUCGUAUCAUUUCAAAACAAUUGGCCUACAUAUCUUCAUUAAACCAAGAAAAACUAGAUGAUAAUAAUUCUCUUAUUUUUGAUCAAAGAAGUAAUAGUAAUAGUAAUAAUAAUAAUAAUAUUAAUAAUAGUAAUAAUAAUAACCUAUGUUGUAAAGUUACUCAAAAAAAUAAUAGUAAUAUAGAUUUAAUUAUAGAGAAUCAAAUAUGUAAUCUAUUAUCAAUUUUAAAUGUUGAUCCAUCCGAACAACAACAACAACAACAAUCUACAGUAAAUGGACACCAUCACAAUGACAAUUCAACAAAUGGUGGUGAUAGUAGUAGAAAACAACAACAACAACAACAAUCACAAUUUCAAAGAUAUCCAUAUCAACCAUCUUCACAUCUUCAAUCACCUAUUCAACCACAUCAACAAAAAUCAGAAUUAUUGGAUGAUUUAUCAAAGGUUGAUGAAACUACAGAAGACUCUCAACUCAUUGGUAAAGAGACUGGAGAAGUACUCUUAAUCACAGACUAUAAUGGAGAUAAAACAUUUAUGGAGGAGAAUGUCGAUCACCAUGAAACAACCGAGACCAUAUUGAUCAAUACUCCCAUUAAAAAGGAGACACCCUACAAGCAAUAUGAAAAUGUCAUUAAAAGACUCUUAUCAAGUGGCUCGUCGGCAAGUAGUAAUCAAUUCCAGAAAUUAACAUUGAUGGAAGUAUUGGAACUAGAAAUCAAGCGUAUUACAUUGGGUGUCUGUGGUGAAGAUCGUGAUCGUAUCCUGACUGACCUCCAAAUCCCAUUGAACCAUAUCAAUCCUCUCAGAUUCCUAUUUGAAAGAGAGGAAAAGAUCGAGGUGGUCAUUAGAAAGGGAACAAAGUACAAGUCAUCCAUUUGCCAGCUCCCUCAAUGUGGCAAACAAUUUAUCUAUCUUGACAAGCUACGUCACAAACAGUGUCCCUAUUGUUACAAACGAUUCUGCCCUUCAUGUAUGUCUGGGACACCGGUACGUGUCAUUGAAUACGAAAUAACCAAGCCAAUUGUAGUUUGUAGUGCUUGUGCUCUCCUCAUCUCCAAACAAGAAUCAAUGUUUAAACAGAUCGCCGAUCACAAUUCAAUGCUCAACAAUGAAUUGUCAAAGAUUAGCCUUUCAUUCCAUCAACUGUUGCUACUUCAACUCGAACAACAACACAGCGAACCUGGUUCUAUCAAUGGAUUAAUCACAUCGCCACGCCACAAUACCUAUGAUUCUUUGUAUAAAUCUCUCCUUCCAGUCUCUGAAUACCCAUCGAGUGGUAUUUUAAAUAGAGUCACUACCGAUGUCCAAUCACCACCCAUCGAAACCAUCCUCCUUCCUCCCAAUAUUCUUCCUCUUACCACAUUUUGGUAUGCUCCCCCAGGUGUAAAUACUGUUGAUAUCAAUAUUCUCUUAUCUUUUGAUGCAAUGGUUUAUACUAUAACACUUUUAGUUGAUUCUUUAGGAUAUUUUAAUUAUACUUUACCACAAAUUGAAGUAAGAAUUGGAAAAACAUUUACAGAUCAAUUAGAAACUGUUGGUACUUGGAUAUUACAACCAAAUGGUUGGGGUAAUAAUCCAAAUUUAAUUAUUCAACCUCAAUCAUGUAUAUCCUAUUAUCUUCCUAAACCUCUUCAAGCAAGAGUAGUAUCACUAAGAUUUACUUUACCAAAUAUUCCAACAUUUUUAACAUAUGAUCAUAAUGAACCAUUUUUACAUAUUGGUAGAAUAGCAAUUCAUGGUAAUUAUAGUGAUGGUUUAUUUGAGAUUCCUUCAUUUUUAUCAUCUUCCAUACCUUUGGAACAAAGUGAUAAGGAAUUGUAUGAAAAUACACUCUAUACAAGUUCUUCAAUCACCACCAAACGUAAUCCAAUCAAGAUUAUAAGCUCACAAGUCAAAUCGAGAGCUAUUCAUAUUACGAUUGACCCUUCCAUUUCAGUAAAAGGGUUCAGUGUUAUUAUAUCACAAGAUGAAAAUGAAGGUGUGAGAAGCCAGAUCAAGGGUAUCACUGUAUCAUGUGUCACUGCCAACCAAAAAGGAGAAUAUCAAUCACACACCUAUGUCACUCAAGUCACUGUCCCGAAAAGUAGAAUUAAUAGUACUCUCUAUUUCGAUCUUCCCUAUCUGCCAUCAUCCGUUCAUGUACUUGUCUUUGAAUUUACAUCAAAUUAUGGUUCAAAUGUUGCUUCCCUACCAAGAGUCAAUUUAUAUUAA